AUGCAGCGCGUCGCAGCUCUCGUCGGCGCUGCCGCCGCCCUGUUGGGCGCCGUCUCAGCCAUCGACCCACCUCGCCCCCCCCACCAGCCUGUCGGAGGCGGCUCCAAGCUGCUCACGUACAAUGUCACCACGGGCAGCCCCGGCGCUCUCUCUGUGUCCACCACCGGAAUCACCUGGGCCCAGACCGACAACGACGGCGACUUCAUCACCCUCGCCUCCGACGGAUCGCUUGUCUUUGAAAACGUCGCCAGCGGCAACAAGACCACAUUCCUCGCCUCCAGCAAGAUCCCCGCCGACUAUUGGGACUACUCCAUCUCCCACGACCAGACCAAGGUCUUGUGGGCUGUCGACUAUACUAAGCAGUAUCGUCACUCCUACUUUGCCAACUACCUGGUCCAGGAUGUGACCACCGGGCAGACCCAGCAGCUCGUGCCUGGUUCCAAGGGUGAUAUCCAGUAUGCUACCUGGAACCCUGCGUCGUCCUCCCAGAUUGCCUUUGUCCAGGGCAACAACCUCUUCCUCUGGGACAAUGGCACCAUCAGCCAGAUCACCACCAACGGCGGCCCUGAUCUUUUCAACGCUGUUCCCGACUGGGUCUACGAGGAGGAAAUCUUUGGCACCGACCAUGCGCUCUGGUACUCUCCCGACGGCGAGUACAUUGCUUACCUGAGCUUCAACGAAACCGGAGUCGAGACCUUCACGAUUCCCUACUUUAUGGACAACCAGAAGGUCGCCCCGGCCUAUCCCCGUGAGCUGGAGCUGAGGUAUCCCAAGGUCGGCACCACCAACCCCACCGUGGCCUUCCACCUCUUGAGCGUCAAGGACAAGAAGACGACCGAGAUUCCUGUUACUGCGUGGGCAGCCGAUGACUUGAUCAUUGGCGAGGUUGCUUGGUUGACCGAGGAGCAUGACAAGGUCAUCUACCGCGCUUUCAACCGUGUUCAGGACCACGAAAAGCUCGUGGUUGUUGACACCACCACCAAGACCUCCACCCUCACCCGCCAGCGUGAUGGAUCCGACGGCUGGCUUGACAACAACGCGGCCAUCAGCUUCAUCGGCUCCAUCACGGAGCAAAAGGGCAAAGGAAAGGGCAAGGCAAAGGGCAAAGGCAAGGGCAAGGGCAAAGACGACGAAAAGGAGUACUACCUUGACUUGUCGGACGAGUCGGGGUGGAACCACAUCUACCUCUUCUCGGUGGACGGCAAGGACAAGAUUGCUCUUACAUCGGGCAGCUGGGAGGUUACCGGUAUCAACAAGAUCGACACCUCCAGAGGACUGAUUUACUACACGUCCACAGAGCGCCACAGCACCGAGCGUCACAUUUACUCGGUUUCCUACAUCACCAAGAAGAAGACUCCAUUGGUUGACGACAAGGUUUCUGCCGUCUGGUCCGCUUCCUUUUCCACCGGCGGUGGCUAUUACAUCCUGAGAUAUGCCGGCCCCAACGUCCCCUAUCAAGAGCUUUACAAGAUCGAUUCCAAGACCCCCCUCCGCGUCAUCAACAACAACGACCGUCUCCUCAACAACCUCAAGGAGUACAAACUUCCCAACAUUACGUAUCACGAACUUGACCACCCUUCUGGCUUCAAGCUCAACGCCAUGCUCCGUCUCCCCGCCAACUUUUCUCCCGACAAGAAGUACCCCGUCUUGUUGACUCCCUAUGGCGGCCCCGGUGCUCAGCAGGUCAACAAGGGAAUGCAAUCUUUUGGCUGGAACGCCUAUAUUGCUUCCGAUCCCGAGCUCGAGUACAUCACUUUUACUGUGGACAACCGUGGCACCGGUCUCAAGGGCCGCGCUUUCCGUUCCGCGGUCGCCUCCAACCUGGGUGAUCUUGAGGCCCAGGACCAGAUCUGGGCCGCCAAGUGGCUGGCCAAGAAUCCGUGGGUCGAUGCCUCCAAGAUUGGUAUCUGGGGCUGGUCGUAUGGCGGGUAUCUCACGGCCAAGGUGGUCGAAAUUGGCGAUCCCAUCAUCUCUCUGGGUAUCGCCACCGCUCCCGUCUCGGACUGGCGCUUCUACGACACCAUGUACACCGAGAGAUACAUGAAGACACCCGCGCUCAACGCUGCUGGAUACAACAAGUCGGCGGUGCACAACACGGACGGCUUCAAGAAGAUUGCCGGUGGCUUCCUGAUUCAGCACGGAACCGGCGAUGACAAUGUUCACUUUCAGAACGCUGCCGCCCUCGCUGAUCUGCUGAUGGGAGACCGCGUCAGCCCAGAGAAGCUCGAGGUGACCUGGUUCACCGACUCUGACCACAGCAUCCGCUACAACUCGCAAGGCACGUUUGUAUACAAGCAACUGAGCAAGAAGUUGUUUGAGGAGAAGAAGAGAACCGGCACCGGCGGCAGCCACCAGUGGAGCAAGAAGGGUAUGGGCAAGAAAUGGGUUGCCUGA